GCACCGAGAGCUCUCUCUCACACCUGCUUCCGCCCGAGGCCCGUUUCUCUCCUCUCCUUUCAUCUCCUCUCUCUCUCCUCGAGCAGCAGCAGCAGCUGCUGCUGCAGCGCAGAGAUCUCCUCUUCAGAGUUCCUGUGCAUCCAACAGCACCGCCUUUCGCCCCUUUCCAUUCGCUUUCCGCCGCUGCUUCCUUCUCUUCUCGUUCGUACCGACUGCGUCUGCUGCCGCGGGGUUCCGUUCAGCUGCGACUGUCACUUCCACAGCUCGUUCCACCAUCUUCCUGCCCCGCCUCGCGAGCGAGCGAGUAUUUUUCUAUAUUUUUCAUCCGGAAGACCGUCCCGUCCGGGCCUUUAAGCUGCGACAUCUUUCAGACCAGCUCGAACGGGUUCCUCAAUUCUCGUUCAUCUCGGCCGCGGGAUUGAUCGAUUGAUCGAUUGACCGAGGGGUGGUGGAGUUGCCGAGUUGGAGUCGAAGAAAGAAGGUUUUUAUGGGUGGGAGGUCAUUUGAUUUUGAGCCCGCCGUUUGCCAACGAGGCGCCGAGUGAAGCAAUCCCGUCGAUUGCCGAGCCUCAUUUCACCGUCCCGCAAUCGAAUUUCUUCCGAUUUUAAAUCGCUGGGUGCUGGGCUUGAGGUGAAUCGGAGAUCACUGAUGGCAACAACCGUCGCCCAAACAGCGGGGUCUCCUGGACAGUUACCGAUUCCUCCUCCUUGGACGCCAAAAUUGGACAAGUUGUUUGAGAAGGCGUUAGCCAUCUAUGACGGAGAUUCUCCCGAUCGAUGGGAGAAGAUUGCAGCCAAGCUGCCUGGCGUCGAUCCCACCGAGGUGAAGAAGCAUUACGAUAGGUUGAUAGAAGAUCUGAAUUCAAUAGAGACUGGACGUGUGGCCCUGCCAAACUACCACAAGUCCGUCGGCCUAAUGUCGUCUUCGGACGAGGAUUCCCCCACCUCGAGGAAGCCCGUUCACGGAGGACACCACGGUCUCGGUGGCUCCAAUGCAAAUGCCACGAAUGCCACCAGUCUGCCUUCGGGGAAGGCUCCUAGCUCCAAAGCCAGUGAUCCCGAGCGGCGCAAAGGAAUUCCGUGGUCCGAAGAAGAGCACAGAUUAUUUUUGCUAGGGCUUGCCAAAUUCGGCAAGGGAGACUGGCGAAGCAUUUCGAGGAAUUUUGUAGUAUCGAGGACGCCGACGCAAGUGGCGAGCCACGCCCAAAAGUACUUCAUUCGCCUGAACUCCAUCAACAACAAGGACAAAAGGCGGUCCAGUAUCCACGACAUCACGAGCGUGAACGAUGGAGACUCGCUUCCUCAGAGCCCAGGGCCCAUCACGGGCCUGCCAUCGCCGGGAGCUCAAUGGCCAAGGUCAGGCCUACAAGGGGCGAGUAUGUAUGAUAUGGGAGGUAUGGGAGGACCCGACCAAGCGAUUGGAGGACAAAUGCUUAUGACUCCGACGGGCCAUCCGCACCAUGUACCUUACGGGCAUGUGCCUGUGAUGCAAGGGCCCCCAAUGGCCAUGCAGCACAUGUCGUACCCGAUGCCCCAGUCUGCGAACGCUUAAACGUUUUUUGAUCUAAGCAGAGCAGAACAGAGGGUAUGGAGAGCAGUUGAGUAAAAUUUUGAGAGCCUGCCUCCGUAGAAGCGACCCUAUGUGCGGAGGUGAAACCUUUUUAUCAUCACAUCUGCGAAGGUCGUCUACGGAGCUCCUGCUGUUCUUCGAUCUUCUAUGUCAGAUUUAUAUCAGCACUAGCUGCAACAAGAUAGCGUAGGGAGAUUCAUGUUCCCGUGUGGUUUCGCACACUGGACGAGUUCGCACCAAUUCCUUGUAGUAUUGGUGGCCUGUUUUUGUGCCCACACCUUUUUCUUGAGACCGACGAGGCAACUUCUGAUUUUGAAGAUUUGCAUCCAGCUCAAGGGUUCUACCACAGGGGUUGGGUAUUCUGGGGACCGCGGGGUCACAAGUACAGACUUUGUACAGCUGGAAAUAGUAGCUCUGUACAUGAUGAUGAACGUAGUAUGCAUUGAUCACAUUCUUUCUCCGUUAGGGAGUUCCAAAAGCUAUAAGAUCGUAAAAGCAAAAAAAAAAACCACAAGUAAAUCUAUGAUGUACUCAGGAUCAUUGCGAAUUCAGUGUUUUCGCCGGCCUGGUCGAGGCCGGCCGGCGGAAUGUAAAUAUUAAUACAAUUGCCAUUUGG